AUGUCUAUAGAUGCAAGGUCAAGGCUGGUUCAAGCUUUUAACGAUUUCGGAGGUCGUGUUUCUGGUGAACAGAUCCUCAAAUUCAUUAAAGAUGACGAACUAUUAAACCGAGAAACACGGUAUUCUAUUAAGAAACUAAUUACUUCAAUUGCUGUGGUUGAAUAUGACUCGGACAAAAAGAGAUAUUUGGUGUUGAAAGAUUUAGCUCGAGAUAAAGAGAAUCUAGCUUGUAAUAUGUGUCAAUCUACUCAAACAACAACUUCACAGUCUUCAGAAAACCAAAAUGUCCCCAAAUCAACCGUUUUAUCACAUCAAGGAAGUCAGUCAACAAAAUUGCCAGUGGCCCAUAAGACACCUCCCUCUUCUCCUCAGUUAGUUCCUACCACCGCUAUUACCACUCCUGCUACUUCUAUCAAUGUUACUGCUGUUCGUCCUUCCGUCUAUUCCACAUUUACUAGCAACGAAACUCGUUUAUGGUGGAUGGCAGUUAUCGAUUGUCGUGUUGCAGAUAUGAAACGUUUGCUAGGAAUAAAUCCCAAAUUAGCCAAUUGGGCUGAUCCAGUGAAUGGUUGGACUGCAUUACAUUAUGCAGCAAAAUUUGGUAAUAUAAACUGUCUGAAAUUAUUGAUUCAUCAGUAUCAUGCUAAUGUGAAUACACGAAGUAGGAAUGGACGUACACCCUUACAUAUUGCUGUUGUUCAUUCACAACGUGUUGUUAUUCGUGCAUUAGUUGAUGAUUUCAAAGCUGAUCCAACUUUGAUGGAUUUCUCUGGUUACUUUCCAUAUAUGUUACUUGAAAAUAAUUUAAAAACUGAAUAUGAACCUUUUUUAACACAUGGUCGACUUCAACGAAUUCGAACUGCAUUAAAAGUUUUUAGAACAUCAAAUGUUUCCCAUGAUUCUUCUAAUAUCACUAAAGAUAAUUCCAGUAAGAAAGGUGUUGUGCAUACUGAUCAUUCAAUGGUUGACUUCAAACGACCUGUUAUGCUUCCAGUUGUGUCUAGACGAUUAGAGAAUUUCAAACGACCGACAACAAUACAGCAACAAAAUCAUUUAAAUCGAACAUCUACCUUGAAACCGAUUAAUCAAAAUGCUGAGUAUAGUUUACGACGUCCAUCUGUGUUUGAAGGUAUUUUAAAAUCGGCUGCUGAAGCUGCUCAACACUGGAAUCAUCAUAAUAAUAAUUGUAAUAAUGAUCAUACAUCAAGUGUUAAAUUGUCAUCAGAAUCUAAUGAAGAACAAGUUAAUAAUGAUAAUGCUAACGUCAGUAAACCUCUUAACGCUUGUUCUUCUUCUACGACAACAACAGAACCAACAACAACAAUAACUGAUCCCCAUAAACGCUUAGUACAACGUUUAGAUUCGAUGAUUUCAUUAAGACGUGAACAGAAUGCAUUAUCCAAUCUUUCAAAUAGUAAUCAUUCUAAUGAAAUUGGAUCAUCAUUUGAUUUGUCUACUUCAUCAGAUAAUAAUGAUUACUUUUCCACUAUUAAUUAUCGAAAAGCAAAUACAUUGGAUCGUCGAUUUCCUCCUUCUAUGGGGAGUCAUAAUUUGAAACAUUCAUCUCAAUCUACAGAUCCAUAUACUUUGAAAUUAUUAUUAUCAUUAUUACCUUCAAUACCACCAUCUACAUCAUCUGUAUCUUCAUCAUCAUUAUCAUCAUUAGGUUUAAAAAAUAUCAAUGGUAUAGAUGAGAAUAAAUUAAAAAAACUUACAUCAUUAUCAUCAUUUCAUAAACAUUUAAACAAAAAAUUACAUCGUUCUUUAUCAAGUUCUUCAACGGUUACAUCAUUCAAGACAACAACAACAACAACAAUCCAUAGUAAACAUCAUUCAUAUCAUAAUAAUAAUAAUAAUAAUAAUAAUGAUACAUUGCCUGAAUUUCAUUCAUUACCACAUCGACAUCAUUCUACUAAUAUGGAAACUGAUAAACAAAUCAUAAAUGAUUAUCAUCAUAAAUCAAUUUCAACUACGGCUUUAUUAGCUGAAACUGAUGUAUGUCAAUUAAUCACUUCAAAAGUUAAUCAUAUAAUUAAACGUAAAGCUUCUAGUGUUAGUCAACAUUGAAAUAUAUCAUACAAGUAAAAUAAUCUCCAUGGUGAUGAUGAUGAUGAGCAUCAUUAUCACCAUGGGGAUUAUUGAUUUUCCUUUUUUUUUUAGAAAAUAUACAGAUCAUAUUGUCGUACAUAAUUAUUUCAUUGGGUUUUAUAGUUAAUCGUUUUUUUUUAAAAUUAUUAUUUGAUCAUAGUAAUACUAUGAAUUGAAUAUGUUUCAUUCCGUACCCUUCCCCCUCCCCUACCCCCCUCCCUCCCUCCCUGCUUCCUACCUUCCCUCUCUCUUUCUCUAUCUUUUCAUUCUAUCUAUGUUCGAGGAAUUGUCUACAUUUAACCUCUUGUCAUGAUUUAAUCUUAUCCGGAUCCUUUUAUUUAUUUGUUUUUUUGAAUUUGUUAUAAAGUUUGUCUAAUUUCUUUUUAUUUAUUUUCCUCUUUGAUUUUUUUCUCUCUCUCUCUCUCUUGAUGUUGAUUCCAUUGUUGUGCUAAUAAUUCAUUGUAUGAAACUUGAGAUCUAUUUCCUGUUAUAGUGUUACAUAACAGUUACUGUUAUUAUUAUUAUUAUUAAUGUUACUAUUAAAAGUGAUAAAACGAAUUGCAAUAAGGUGAAUAAAUACGUUUUUUUUUUCUA